AAUAGUUUAUUUCGCAAAAUAACUUGUUUGAUAUUUUUCUUAGUAUUAAGUUAUUUAUAAUAAAUAGUAAGCUGAAAGUUACAAUAAUUGCAUAAUGGCUCACAGUAAUAUAAAAUUCUUCAUUCUGACCGGAGACCCUGGUGUUGGUAAAACAACAUUAACAAAGAAAAUUUUGGCUAUACUUUCCGAUAAGGGUAUUAAAGUAGCCGGUUUUUAUACGGAGGAAGUUAAAAAUAAUCGGGUGAGGGAGGGCUUCGACAUAAUAUCUUUAGAAGGGAAGAGAGGCAGAUUAGCUAGAGACCAGAGUCUUUUAAAUGAACCAACGAAGUUUAAGGUUGGCAAGUAUGGUGUUCUUGUGGAAGAAUUUGAACAAAUCGCUCUGCCAUGUCUCGCAAAGAUGCCAGACAACCAGACAUGCUUGAUAUUAGAUGAAAUAGGGAAAAUGGAAUUCUUUAGUACCUCCUUUAAAUUAAAAAUAAAAGAAAUCUUUAGUCCCACAUCAAACAAUGUAGUCUUGGCAACUAUACCUAUAAGGAAAAGUGAUGCAAUCAUUGAGUCUAUAAGAAAUAAUAGUAAAUCAAAAAUAUGGGUGGUUACCAGAGAAAACAGGAAUACAAUACAUGAUGAUAUUUUAAAUGAAAUGCAAAAAGUCUUUAAUUACUAAAUAAUAUUUUAUUCAAAACAAAACUCUUAUGCAAUCUUUUAAUUCAACAACAGUUUUAGUUAUAAUCUAACAAUAUUGCUUAAACACAAAGUAUGAUAAGAUUAUAGC